CAUUUUUCCUCAGUCCAGUUAGAAACUGCUUGCGCAUUGCACGUGUAUCAGCGUCUUGUGAUACAGACGCGAUCGCAUAAAUAAAUCGUACUUUCAAUGCUUUUAUUACUUUUGUGUUGAUUUAAAACUUUAGUGGUGAUUUUAAAUAUUCUAGUUGUUUUCCCUAAAACUAAGAGUUUAUUGCUGUACAGUUUUGUUUAGUGCAAAAGUUAAAAGUAAUUUAAAUUGUUACGGUCAGUUAUCGUGGACGGUGGCACUUGUGAUUUUGUGUUUCGAACUGGAUUCUGAUUGGACAUUAGAUUUGGAACUUUGGAGAAGAGUUCAAAACCGUUACAGGUCAGUCUGCUAAUCAACCCAGUAACUGAAUGAUAAUUGUGGCCAUGUAACGUUCUGCCAACUCUUCGAGACGAUAGCUGCAUCACAUAAUUACUUGUGAGGCAAACAGCGUCGCCAAACUGGAUUUCCUUUGAUUUCGCCGCCAUGGAUUCAGAGAGUCGAAGCGAGUCGGCUCUCAACAGCCCCACCGAACCAGAUAUAUCGCUGGCUGCAUCCCUCACUGACCCGCUGGAGGCCCACACCCUUGAUGAUGCUCGGAGAACUAUUAAAGACCUACGGAUGAAAUACCGGGCGCAGGGCCAUCAACUUUUAACAUGGCGUCGCUCACAACGAACUCAAGAAGAACUAGUCACCCGUUUGCAGCGAGAAAAAGCUGAACAACUCAAAUCACUUUCCAGCCAACUCCUCUUAUUCGAAUCACGAUUGGUUCGCAAACAGAAGGAGAUAACCAACAUGCUUGCCCUACGAGAGACAAUCAUUAUUAAACAGCAAAAAGUAAUCGAUUCCCUUCAAUCUAAGCUUCUUGAUAAUGGUAUCGAAACAUCGCAAACGAUCCCAGACUUUAGGGAUAUGCUACAAGACACACACAUCACAGGCGACUUUGAUUCUCUAAAUGAUUCCGAUUCCGCUGUUAUAAUGGAAGACGUGGAUUCUGAUUGCAGUAAUCUGCCCAAUGUGCCAAGAUUUAGGUCAGCUAAUCCGGACAGCGUUACGAUAGUUCGAUCGAUCUCUGAUGCAAUAGAUCCAAACUUGAAAUAUAGCAUCGUCAGGCGUUCAAAUGGAUUUCUGCGGCGACCAGAAAUUUUAGAAACAGUUUACAGUGUAGAGGAAGAAGCUGACGGUGAUUCAACUAAAGGCUUGAGUGCACAAAAUAGUACUGAAAAGGAGUUGAAAGAGUUCAACAAAACAGACGAGCAAAAGUAUAAGGAAACAAGCCUCCUAGCUCAGAGGCGAGAUAAUUUCCGUAUGAGAAGUGUAGUUUUAACAGGUGAAGUAAAGAGUAUAGAUAACGAUAAACAAGGUAAGGUCAAGAGUAACAGUGAGUUAUGGUCCUAUAGCUAUGUGCCAAAAAGAAUGAUGCCGCCUAACGACUCUGAUGAGGAAGUCACUUCCAAUCCGGAAAGUGAUGAAGGUGAGACUGAGCCUCGACCUAACCAUGUGGUGACCUAUAACAGGGUUAUGUCAAACCACAGAAACGUAACUAAACCGAAGGAUGUAAAGUACAAACGAAUCAAUAAAGCAAAGUCUAAAAGCUUAGAGGAACUGCGUGGAAGAUUAAAGAAUUGGGUAGAAAAGGGAAACAAGUUGUCAGAUAUGCCGCUGGAGCAUGCGCAAAGCUAUGCUUAAAUGAUUUUAUCAAGUUCCUUGAUUUAUCUUUGUGUGGAAUGCUUGUAGAAUGAACCGCUUUACUUUAAGUCACAAUGCGAAGUUCUCAAAGCUAUAAAUUACGUCAAAGGUCCACCGGUGGAGGCUUUAUCCCGCAGAAGAUAAGCGCAUUUACAAUUAGAAUUUUAAUGUGACGUCUUCACGUCUUGGCUACAUUCUCGCCAGAAAUGUUUUGUGUAAUUAUCGUGUGAUAUAAUUCUUUCCUAAUAUGCCAAAUUGUGUGUAUUACGAGGCUUGUGUAUUAGAGUCAAAUUAAUAGAUAUAUUUGUAAUUUAAAAGUAUUAGUAGUAGAUUAAUGCAAGCUUUUAAAAGAAAAAGACAGCUUUUAAUGUUUUUAAACUUCUGAAUUGUGUAUUUACAUGGAUACUCGCACAUACAUAUACAAUCGUUUAAAAGUAAGAUGAAACGAAACUAGUAGAAAAUAAAAUAGUAUAUUUUGAAAUCCUUUUUCAUUACAUUUUACAUCUACGUUAUGUCUACUUACAUACAAUAAAUAACUACGUGUUUAAAAUUAGUCAUCUGCCUACUAUUACAAUCGCACGAUAUCAAAAUAAUGCAUGGAUACUCCGACAGUUGUUUUUUUAUUAUAAUAAUACUCCGACGGUUAAUUCUUGAAAUAAAAAAUAUUUGUAUGUGCAAACACCACCACAUAUAGAAAAACACACUACCUACAAAUGCAAUGUUUUCCUACGUACCUACUAUAGAAGUAAAAUGUAUCGUACCAUUCAAAUAUUAUGUAUUUUAAUCAAUAAGUUGGUUGUUGUUUUAGGAAGAAAAUUUUAAACACAUAUUAUGCACUAUUCUUGAUACUUGAUCUAUUGUAAAAAAGUUUUCUAUACGAAUUAAAGUGUUGUUCAAACUUAAUAAUAGAUGUUUUCCACGCGAUUGCAAUUGUUAAGGCUGUUUUAUAUAAAUAUAAAAAUGGCAAAAUUAUGUAUAAUUAUUAUCACAAAAUUUUAUAUUUAUGCAGAUAUUUUGAGCUGAAGGAGGGUUGUAAUUCAAUAAUAAAUUGAAGAUAAAUUUGGAAUUGUGAAAGUUGCUAAGAAAUGGAAAUUCAAACAGAGAGACAUACAACUCUAGUUUAUAAUUUUAAUUUAGUUUCAGUGAAAAUAUAACUAAAUGUUUAGCUGUUCAGUAAUUAUCAUAAAAAAUUUGUUGUGUUAUACUGAAGUAUAAAUCGCAGAUUGUUCAAUUUGAAAUGAACUUGACAGCUAAGCGAAGAUACCGGGAACAUUAAUUUGGUGUAAUUAUGAUAAUUGACAACUCUGUAAGUGCAACAUUCAAAAAUUCUAAACUGCACUGGCAAUAUUAUAAUAUUCACAACAAUACCGCUUAUUAAUAUGUGUGCAAUACAAAGUUAUGCUGCUCAUAUUAUAUUUUACUUUAUACAAUAUCUAUUUAUAAGCGAUCAUUUAAAUAAAAUUAACUGUUUUGUGAUUUAUAUUGGGUUGUGUAUUAAAUUAAUAUUUUACACGCCUAAUUCAGUGUUAGAGUUGAAAUAUAAGAACUUCUUAAAAAAAUUCCAAGAAUUUCUGGAAAAUUAACAAUCGUUUUUUUUCCCCUAAUUUGAAUGGAGAUAAACUAUAUUUUCACCUAUUUAGAGCUUCAUUCCUAAAAAUUAGUUUUCUUUUCUCAAUCUGAAGUUUUUUUAAUUCAAAAUAUCGCACGACUGAUUGCUAUGCACAUUGUUUUUUAACAUCUAAUUUGGAUUGACACACUGUGAUUUUUUAUUAAUAUUUUCGUCUUUCGUCUUAGUAAUAGUUAAAUUGUAUAAAUAGAUUUAAGUAGUGGUAAGAAAUUACUUAAUAAAAAAAAUAAAAAAUACCUAUUUAUUGUGUAUCGGUGCCAAUUGUUAGAUGUAAUUCUGUUAACUACAAUAUAUUAUAUUGAAAUAUACAGGUGGUAUACAUAAAAUGCAAAACUACGUACUAUUCAGCUAAAGCCUUAGUUUUGCUUAUUCAUCGCGUUCAAUUCUUAGUUCGUUUAACUUUAUAUUAUAAUACUUAAAUUAAAUCUUCAAUGAUCAAAAUUAUUUGAUUGUGAUAUACCUACACAUUAUUUAAAAAUAAUAGUUAAGAAAUAUUAGGUAUUUGAAAGAAUUUGUAGCUCACCACUACAAAAAUACAAUUUUACAUCACCUGUAUAUUUAAACCUAUCUCACAUUUCAACUAUGUAUAAUUAAUAAAUAAUAUCACAUAUCACAUUGCUGUAUCACAAAAUGC